AUGGCUUCAAAACUAUUUCUCAUUGUGGCCGUAGUAGCAGCUGCGCUGCCGUUCGCCGCGGUGGCUGAUUAUGUUCGACCGCCGCCACGCCCAAUACUUAAUUCCUCGUUGAGCUCGCUGCCGCCUUCUAUUCCUCAGCAGGUCCAUAUCUCCUUGGCCGGAGCUAACCACAUGAGGAUCUCAUGGAUCACCCCCGACGAGAACGCUCCAAGCCUCGUCGUCUACGGGACGUCGCCCAACAACUACCCCUUCAAAGCUCAAGGAGAGAGCACUAGCUACCGUUACCUAACCUACAGAUCCGGCAUGAUCCACCACACUGUCAUCGGGCCACUCCGCGACAACACCACCUACUUCUACAAAUGCAGCGGGGUUGGUCCAGAGUUCCAGCUCCGAACCCCGCCGUCUAAGUUUCCCGUGACCUUCGCUGUCACAGGAGAUCUAGGUCAGACCGGAUGGACUAAGUCGACUCUGGAUCACACAGCGAAGUCCCAACACGACCUUCUCUUGCUCCCGGGUGACCUUUCCUAUGCCGACUACCUGCAGCCCGGAUGGGACUCGUUCGGACAACUGGUGCAGCCACAGGCAAGUGCAAGGCCGUGGAUGGUCACACAAGGCAACCAUGACGUUGAGCACAUACCGAUACUCAAACGUGGCUUCAUCGCCUAUAAUGCACGGUGGAAGAUGCCAUAUCAAGAGAGCGGUUCCGGGUCGAAUCUGUUUUAUUCAUUCGACGUAGCCGGAGUUCAUGUCCUAAUGCUUGGUUCCUAUACAGAUUACGAUGUGAACUCUGAUCAGUAUAUAUGGCUCAAGGGCGAUCUUGCGAAGGUGAAUCGUGGAAAUACACCAUGGAUCAUCGCGGUACUCCACGUGCCGUGGUAUAACAGCAACACGGCUCAUCAAGGUGAAGGUGAUGGCAUGAUGGCAGCAAUGGAGCCCUUGCUGAACGCAGCUUCUGUGGACAUGGUUUUAACCGGCCAUGUUCAUGCCUACGAACGCACGAAACGUGUCUAUAAUGGCAAAUCCGAUCCUUGUGGAUUUGUACACAUUACAAUUGGCGAUGGUGGAAACCGAGAAGGAUUAGCGAGCAAGUACAAGGAGCAGCCUGAGUGGUCUGCCUUUCGCGAAGCAAGUUUCGGCCAUGGUGUUUUCAACGUCGUGAAUACAACUCACGCGCUUUGGGGCUGGCACAGGAACGACGACGAUCAACCUGUGGCGGCAGACAAAGUCUGGAUAAAUUCACUAUCGAGUUCAGGGUGCCUGGCUAAAAAGAAAAAAGAACUCAGAAAACUGCUCUUGGCGCCAUGAAAUUGAUGACUGUUCAACCAAUUCUACAAACCAUUUGUUUCAUAAAUUCAUGAUUUUAAUUUUGGAUUCUCAACUAGAAUAUGUGCCUCAGAGAUCCUUUUUCUAAUUCUUGGUUAUGUCAGUUACCACAGACAUGAUCAUUUAUCUGUUUACAAUUUUCAGAGAGUAAGGCAUGAAGAUAUAUGUUCUU